AUGGCGUCGCUCGUCAGCUUUUUAUCGAGCUCCCCUUCCACCAACGGCGACCUCCCCCUCACCACGCGCGAAGCCUUCUCGGGCAUAUUUGGGUCCAUCUCGCUGGCCUGCUGGAUAUUCCUGCUCGUGCCGCAGCUGAUCGAAAACUACCGCAACGGCUCUGCCGAGGCCAUCUCCCUCCUCUUCAUCUUCGUCUGGUUCCUGGGCGACAUCGCAAACCUCGCCGGCGCCCUGUGGGCCGGGCUCGUCCCCGUCGUGGUCGCCAUCGGCGUCUACUUUUGCAUCGCGGACGGUGUGCUCAUUGGGCAAUGCCUCUACUAUGGCAUCAGGAACAAGAGGAGGGAAGCGCGGGCGCUGCUCUCUACACGGGCGUCGGCUUCAAGUGGCAGUGGUGCCGUCGCCGCCGCUGCUACGGGAGCUGAUGGCGAGACGAGUGCGGCUCCUAGCGGUGCUGCCGACGGCGAGCAGUCGAGGCACGGGAGCUCGGAGGAAGAACCCCUCCUCAAGCGCACCCGCACAAACAGCAUCACAAUCCCGGGAUCGAUGGACCGGAGGCGGAGCAGUGUGAGUCUACGACGCCGACGGAGCAGCUUUGCCGCCGCCCACCACGACCAGCUGGCCAAAGUCCUCGAGGAAAGCGACGAGUCCGGCACAAGGCUCUGGUUCAGAAACGCAAUGAGCGUGUUGGCCAUUGGCGUCGUCGGUGCCGCUGGGUGGGCUUUGGCCUACGAGUCCGGCGCGUGGAAGCCCUCUCCUACGUCGGGCGGUGCCGAUUCAGAAGAGAUGGCCGCCGGUGCCCAGGUGCUUGGGUACCUCAGCGCGGUGGCCUACCUGGGCGCCAGGAUCCCUCAGAUCAUCAAGAAUGCGAGGGAUAGAAGUUGCGAAGGUCUCUCGCUGCUGUUCUUCAUCCUGUCACUGAUGGGCAACCUUACCUACGGCGCAGGUAUCCUCUGCCACUCGACCGAACAUAAAUAUGUCAUCAAGAAUCUGCCUUGGUUGAUUGGCAGUUUGGGAACCAUGGCCGAGGACAUCACCAUCUUCAUCCAGUUCCACCUGUACAAGGUAAAAGAGGAGGAUAAUGCGGAGUCGCCAGAGCAUGCAGUGAUAUGA